GACACUUUAAGUUGGUCGACAAGUAAGCUCAUUCGGAUACUUCAUACAUAUACGCUGAUAGCUUUCUAGUUUACUGUGGACAAGAAUGGUAGAAGAGCUUCACGAGUCUCAAGAUGUCUUAAGAGAUUCCCCAAAUGAUAAAAUUGACGCAGAAACAUCCGAUGAUGACUUUACAUUUGUCCUCAGCAAUCAGCUUGCAUCCAAUAGUAAACCUCGCCAUCCACCACUAGGAGACAUAUAUCAGUUAUGGCAAAUUUUCAUAGAGAACAUUGAUCCCCUAACAAAGGUCCUACACGUUCCUACAGUGCGGCCAGCAAUCGAGAAAGCUGCUAGCAAUAUCGAGACUGUCCCUCGCAGCUUUGAAGCACUCAUGUUUGCCAUUUAUAGCGCAGCUGUUAUGUCUAUGACGGAUGAAGAAUGUAAACAAAAAUUGUGUGAAUCCCGGAAGACCCUCCUGUUGCGAUAUACAUCUACCACAAAGGCAGCAUUGUCACGUGCCAAAUUCAUGGAAACCACUAGCCUUGUUGUUCUCCAAGCAUUGAUCAUUCAUCUCCUUGCAGUCCGAGAUAUUUACGAGCCCCGUGCCGUAUGGUCUUUGACAGGCGUGGCUGUUCGCAUCGCACAGAGCAUGGGCCUUGACCGUGACGGAGUCCAUCUAGGCCUUUCUCCAUUCGAGACAGAGAUGCGACGACGUAUUUGGUGGCAGCUCAAGAUGCAUGACUUCCGGACCGGCGAGCUUUGUGGCAUCGCUAAGUUUUAUGAUCUUCACACCAGUGUCGAGAGCACGAGAUGGCCUACCAACAUCAACGAUGACCAACUAUACCCAGGCAUGGUUUCUCUCGCGACUGAGUCGAGCAAGCUGACAGAUCUCGUCUUCGUUUCUCUAAAAUGUGAACUCCUUAACUACGCUGCGAACCGCGCCGCCCGCCUUCGCCAGCAAGGAAAGGCUUCUAACCCAUGGGACCCUCCUACGCCAGGAAGCGAUACUGCCGACAUAGAUGAAUCCUUUAAAGAAAUUGAAGUACUCCUCGAAACAAAAUAUUUACGCUACUGCGAUCCUUCGCAGCCUUUGCAUCUCAUGGCCAUGCUAAUGGCUCGGUGUUCCAUAAACAUCAUCCGUUUCAUGUCGCAUCAUCCACGAAGAUGGGCUAACAGAGAGCAGAUACCAGAAUCUGAGAGUCAAUUGGUCUGGGAAAUCUGUAUCAAACUUCUAGAGCAACAUAAUAUGUUGCAGUCAAAUCCUCAGCUGAAGCAAUUCGCGUGGCAUGCGCCAUAUUUCCAGCAAUGGCACGCUAUCAUUCACGUACUUGAUAUCCUUCGAACUAAUCCACUCAACACCGGCGCGGAAAAGAUAUGGAAAUAUAUUGGCAAUACAUACGAGAACAAUCCAGGUAUGAUAUUUGACAUGAGAAAGCCUAUUCAUGUAGCCGUAGGCAAUCUCUGCUUGAAAGCAUACGGCAACCGUGAAGGCGCACUGCAAAACGAGAAUACGCUGCAAAUACCACACUUCAUCUUGCAACUACGUCAACAGCGCAAUUCAACCAAUACAAGGAGAGAAGAAAGAUAUGCAAAGGACAACCAACCCGAGGAUCUAGUCAGCAGUACCCAGCCAAAUCCCCCCAAUGACAACCUGAGACUGAGGCCGACCUCGAACGACAGCGUCAACAAUUCGAGCAAUGCCAUAGACUGUACUCAUAUUAAGCACAGUACAACAUCACUGCCCCCGUGUUUUUCUCUUGUGGAAACCGCGGUUACCCCUGACAUCGAUCCAUUAUCAUUCAAUUUCGGAUUUGAUGACGGCCAAGUCGGCAAUAUAGACGAUGUAAACACGCAUCUGGAUUUCAUGCUAGAUCAAGAUUUCGGCAUAGGGGAUACUGCUACGCAAUUUAUUACCUGGGAUCAGUGGGACUCCUGGCUUGCAGACUCUAACAUGAUACGUCCGCGCUCGUCAUGGGAGACCUUUACGACUGACAUCUAAUCUAGCUUAAGGGGUUUAUCUUCUAUCGUUUCUAGAGCCUUGCAACAAUUGCUUGCGAUCAUGUUGGCGAAUGAGUUUAAAAAAUUGAUAAAUAACCCCUAGAUACCUAACUUGCUUGUAAUUGCCGCUGUUACUAGAUCAUGUAGUCUUCUAUAUCAAUUGAUAUAAUUUUGAUUAUUA